CAUCGUGAUUGCCACUCAUCGACUCGUAUAGAACACUAUAGUCGUAUUAUUCAUUAUUAUUAUUAUUACUAUUAUUAUUGCCGAAGUUAUAAUAAGGUAUUUAUCGUUAGUGAAAAAAAAAAUAAAUAAAUAAUAAUAAUAAUUUUCUUUACGGUACUACGCUUGCCAAAACCUAUUAGUAUUUAGUUUUUGUGCGAUAUUUCUGUGUUGUGUCUACAAACAAUAGAAGGCGACGCUAUUUCGUUUUUGUAAUCCAAUCGUUUUUCAAUUAAUAUCURGAAAUAUUUAGAAAUGUCUGACGGGGACGUGAUCAAAGACGGCGUGGAUAAGUUGGAGAUUCACGACGACGACGAGAUUGAUUCCAACUACAAGCCGCCGCCAGAAAAAUCUAUUGAAGAGCUCUUGAAUGCUGACAAAGAAGACGCCAGUUUGCAGAAAUACAAGGAAAAAUUACUGGGUGAUGCUAACAGUGGCAAAAUCAUUUUUGAUGAAAAUAAUCCAAAUAAAGUGAUUGUCAAGAAAUUAGCGUUAUGUGUUACUGACAGACCAGACAUGGAACUUGAUUUGUCCGGAGAUUUAACAAAUUUAAAAAAACAGGUGUUCAUAAUAAAAGAAGGAAUAUCAUAUAAAAUUAGAAUAGAUUUUAUAGUACAACGAGAAAUUGUUCAUGGUCUUAAAUAUGUUCAAAAAACUUAUCGUCUCGGUGUACCAGUUGAUAAAAUGACUCACAUGGUUGGAUCGUAUCCACCAAAGAUGGAAAUACAGAGUUAUACAACACCAGCUGAAGAUGCUCCUAGCGGCAUGAUGGCACGCGGCUCAUACACKGUCCAUUCUUUAUUUACAGAUGAUGACAAAAAGGAACAUUUGAAAUGGGAAUGGGUAUUUGAGAUUAAAAAAGACUGGAAGGACAACUAAUUUACAGGGAAUUUAAAAUUUCAGUUAUAAAUUAAAGAAAAUAAAUUUAUAAUAAUUUAAUUACAUAAACAAUUGC